AUGAGUGGACCAAAACCUUCUAUCUUUUCAUCUUUGUUUUUGGCUCUUUUUUUCGUGUCCUUCAAACUAAGCAACUGUAUCAACUGCCAUGAAAUUGAAAAACAAUCACUUCUAAGCUUCAAGCAAUCUAUAAAUGGUUCAUCAGACGUGUUGUCUUCUUGGGAUACUAAAUAUGAUUGUUGCACGUGGAAAGGUGUUGUUUGCAGUAACUUAACCGGCCGAGUUCUUCAACUCCAUCUCCAAGGUAAUUAUUUAGGUGGAAAAAUAAGCUCAUCUUUGCCCAACUUGAAGCGUUUGAAAUAUCUCGACCUGAGCCAAAACAACUUUGAGGAAGAAAUCCCUUUUUUCGUUGGAUCACUCGCAAGCCUUGAGUACUUGAACCUGUCAUUCGCUGGAUUUUAUGGAAAGAUUCCCCACAAUAUUGGAAAUCUUUCAAAUUUGAACACUCUAAGUUUGGGGAGUUCAGAACAACUGUUGAAUGCUGAUAUUCUUGAAUGGUUGUCGGGACUUCGUAAACUAGAGCACCUCAACAUGAAUGGUGUGAACCUCAGCAAAGCAACCAAUUGGGCACAACAGGUGAUCAACAACCUCCCUUCUUUAGUCGAGUUGCAAUUGAAUCAUUGUAAUCUUAAUUUUAUGGCUACUUUGAAUGAUGUUAACAACAUCAGCCGUUCUAAUUUAGAUGCACUUGAUCUCUCCUACAAUUCCCUGUCUUAUGCCAUCAUCCCUUCAUGGAUUUUUCAACUCAGAAACCUUACCUAUCUUGAUAUGAGCUCCAACUUAUUCGAAGGCCCAAUUCCAUCAAUGAGCAACACCACAAAACUCCAGCACAUUGAUAUCUCCAAUAACAAUUUGAAUUCAAGCAUUCCACAGUGGCUCUACUCCUCCAAACACCUUGAAUAUGUGAGUCUGGCAAACAAUCUUCUAAGAGAUGGAAUUUCCAAUUCCAUAGCGAAUCUGACAUCUCUCAGUAACCUUAACUUACGUGGAAACAAACUUUCUGGAAAAAUACCAAGGGAAAUUGCAAAUUUGUGCAAUAUGCAUGUCUUGAGGUUGUCUUAUAAUAAGUUGGGUGGAGAAAUAUCGGAUUCAUUUGGAAAUAUGUCAGAUUGUUUCUUAGGAGCUUUGGAAUCUUUAACUUUGUUUGAGAAUCAGCUGUCUGGUCAUUUGCCUCCUCAAUUUGGAAAAUUUACGCGUCUGCGAUCCCUUAAUCUAGGAAAAAACUCAUUGUCCGGUGUAAUUCCAGAUGAGUUAGGGAACUUGCUUUCUCUUGAAAGGUUAUAUUUGGAUAAUAAUAAAUUGACGGGGAACUUACCAGAGAGUAUUGGGAAACUUGUGAACUUUACAGAGCUUUGGAUAGAGAAUAACACGUUGGAAGGGGUUGUGACUGAAACCCACUUUGCCAAUCUCUCAAAUUUAAAAGUCUUGCAUGCCUCUGGAAACCACUUGACUUUGAAAGUCGACCCCGAUUGGAUUCCGCCAUUCAAACUAGAGACGCUUAGUCUAGGGUCUUGGGACUUGGGGUCUCGAAUCCCGUUAUGGCUUGAGACUCAGAAAGAGAGUAUCUCCAGUCUUGAUUUGUCGUGUUCUGGAAUCAAUGGAAACGUUCCCAGCUGGUUAUGGAGUUUAAGACUUCUCAACCUUUCGCAUAACCAACUCGACGGAAAGAUUUUAUCCAUUAGUGAUCGUGGGCAUGAUUAUGAUUUCUUACAUUUUUUUGACUUGAGUUCCAACAGGUUUAGUGGUCCACUGCCUCAACUAAUGACAAGUUCAUUCUUAGAAAUCCAUCUCUCCAAUAACUCAUUUUCCGGAGGUUUGUCAGAUUUUUUUUGUAUCUCUCCAAUGAUGAAUUCAUCCAAUGUAGUGCUUAUAAAUUUUGGACGAAACCGUCUCUCUGGCGAGUUACCUGAAUGCUUUAUCAAAUGGCAAUCAUUGCAAGUGUUGAACUUAGCCAACAACCAAUUGUCCGGAAGAAUACCAGAUUCCAUGGGAUUUCUUAAACAUUUAGUGUCUUUGAAUCUCCACGGAAACAAUUUCUCUGGCCACAUACCUUCUUCAUUGCAAAACUGCACGGAAAUAAUGAAGAUCGACUUUGCUGAUAACAAUCUUGGUGGGUGCAUACCAAAAUGGAUUGACACAAGAUUUUUCAACUUGAGAUUUCUGAUUUUACAGUCCAACAAUCUCAGAGGUGAAAUUAGUCCAUCCAUAUGUCAGCUCACUUCUCUUCAAAUCUUGGAUCUCUCUAAUAACAAACUGACAGGGAGGCUACCCCAAUGCCUCAACAAUCUUACCACAAUGACCACUAAAAGGAUGUUGGAUAGGCCACAAUAUUCUCUAUCUAUUGAAAGUUUGAAUAGGCUAGGAUCUGUUACAUAUGGAAUACAAAUUCACGAAAGUGCAUCAAUUGCGAUAAAGGGUAGAGAACUCACAUAUGACGCCAAUCUCUUUUUAGUUAUCAGUAUUGACCUUUCAAACAACAUCUUGUCUGGUGAUAUCCCAAGGGAGAUAACAAGUCUGGUGGAGCUAAGAACACUGAACCUGUCACGAAAUAAUUUAACAGGAUCCAUCCCAGACAACAUUGGAAACAUGAGGCAACUCGAAUCUCUUGAUGUCUCAAUGAACUCACUGUCCGGCAACAUUCCAGGUAGCAUGUCAAUCAUGACUUCUCUGAACUACUUGAAUAUGUCGUACAACCACUUGACAGGAAGAAUCCCACAAAGCACCCAAAUUGGGAGCUUCAACGAGUCAAGCUUCAUGGACAAUAAUCUUUGUGGCUUUCCACUAUGGAUUUCUUGCAAAAAUGAUAGUAAUGUCCCUGCCCCGACACAGGUGCAGAUUCAAGGCCGACAAGCCGAUAAGCCAAAGAUUAAUUGGUUUUACGCAUUCCUGUCACUAGGGUACGCUGUUGGGCUUUCUACUGUCCUAUCUGCACUGUUUUUUAAGAGGAAUUGGAGGGAAGUUUAUUAUGCGUUCUUUCAGAAACUGUGGGACAGUGUUUAUCUGUAUUUUGUUAUCCGAUGGAGGAAACUCUUGAGAGUGUUGGGCCGAAAUCCCUAA